GAGGAAAAAAAAGAACAUCUAUGGAUAAGAUUCACUACACUCUGUGUUAGCUCCUUCUCUGUAAACACCACCCACCCCCAUCGUCCAUGGCGGGUCUCACCACCAGUACUUCCUUCACCUUGACACCCAUUUCCUCUAAACCCAUAACCAACAAACCCCUUUUCCUCCAUUACCUUAAUUCUUCCAUUUUUGGGCUUCGAUUUCAUAAUCCUCAGCUUCGUUCUUGCUCUUCACUUAUCUACCAUUCAGCCACUAUCUCCGCUAGAUACGGUGGCGGAGGUGGUAGAGGAGGAUUCCGGCCGCCCCCACGUUCCGAGGAAGAUGAAGCACUUGAUAUUUCAUCUAUCAGGUCAGACAAGGUUAGGCUCAUUGAUGAUAAGCAGAACAUGUUGGGGAUAGUGUCGAAAAUGGAAGCCCUUCAGAGAGCUGAGGAUGCAAGCCUUGACUUGGUGAUUCUAUCGCCAGAAGCAGACCCGCCGGUCGUCAAAAUUAUGGAUUACAAUAAGUAUAAGUAUGAGCUGCAAAAGAAGAAAAAGGAGCAGCAAAAGAAAAAUGCUGCCAGCCGCAUGGAUUUGAAGGAGCUCAAAAUGGGUUAUAAUAUUGAUUCUCACGAUUAUUCAGUGCGUUUGAAAGCUGCUCAGAAGUUCUUGAAAGAUGGUGACAAGGUAAAAAUCAUAGUGAACUUAAAAGGCCGUGAAAAUGAGUUCAGAAAUAAUGCUAUUGAGCUACUUAGGCGUUUUCAGAAUGAUGUCGGUGAGCUUGCAACUGAGGAGAACAAGAAUUUCAGGGAUAGGAACGUCUUCAUAGUUUUGGUACCGAAUAAGGCUAUUGUACAGAAAGCUCCAGAGCAACCGAAGAAAAAGGAAAAACCAGCAACUGAAGUUUCAGCCAGUGUUUAAGCAUCAGAUGAAAGUUUAUUACGAGGGGGUGUUAUUAGCAGAUAAUUCAAUGCAUAUAAUUCUCAAGAGAAAGGUGAGAGAUGCAAUCUGAUAUCUGUCUUGUAUAGAAUUUAGUCACAUACAAGCCUGUAAUAGGAUGUACACUUGUGUAGUGUCUAUAACAGUAGCAAGAAACAUUCAGUUUUUGUAGCAACAUAUAAUAGGUGAAGUUGAAGUAAGUUUGAGCUUUCCUUCACUUGUUAUAUACUUAUAUUUCACAUGAUGUUUACGCGACGAAUAUGAAUAUUA